AUGGACCUCCAGCCGAGGACUGGCCUCAGGGGUCUUUUAUCCAACAGGUCCAAAGGGCAGACCUCUAAGGAGAUCUCGAAAGGACAGGUCGUCUCCAAAGCCCCCGCUCUUCCUCCCCCUCCCUCGUCGGGCGCGGCGCUGAAGCCUAUGCCUAAUCUAAAGCGAAAAAGGCCUGUAGAAGAGGCAGAGGAGGGAGAGGUUGCCCGCGAGAAGGCCGGGCCUAAAAAGAAGGGCAAGGAAACGAAAGAGCCCCGGGAAAAAAGAACAAGGUCCACUGAGAGCCGAGAUGAGGCGGUCACUCAGAGGGGACCUCGGACAUGGUCUCCUCGGAUCGAGCUAGAUGGCGCUCCAAUCCUCUGGGAUACGACCCUAUGGGAGUCCCAGCGUGAGCCAGCUUCGUUCUUGGCUGAAGCGUUGCAGCAACCUCUUCUCUUGCCCCGUGAUAUGGAAGGCCUCAGGAAGAUUCGUCAACCAGAGCUUUUCAUGUCAUUGAAGAGGGACAUGGCUGUGAUCACCCAACAAAUUUAUGUUGCUGAGGAAUGGGCCAAACAAGCUCGUGAGGAUGUGCAUAGGGAGGCUCAGUCCCGUGCUACAGCUGAGAGGGCCGCGAGCGAUCUCAAACGUGAUCUUGAUCGUCAGGAUCAUGAGCUAAAAGAGGUGAAGAAGGCCAAUGCGAGUGCAGAGGCUGGCCUGAAAACUGCUGAAAAGCAAACCGAAGAGCUGCGCAAGCAGCUCCGACACUUUGAGGAAAAACUGUCAGCGGAGCAACAAGCGGUUUCGGAGCUUAAGGCUGAGCUUGCAAGGGCUAAGGAGGAAGCCCGCUUGUCCAGGGAGGUUGCCGAGAAGGCUGUGGCGGCUUCGUAUGAACGUGGGGUUCACGAUACUGAGGAAAGGUUGACUGAGGAAGUCGCCACUGUCUGCAGGGAUUAUGUCACCUCGACCUGGGGAUUGGCCAUGGAUAGGGCAGCCGUCCCCGCAGAUUCUGAUCUCAGGAAAGUUGAGAACAUCUUUUACCCUGCGGAGAUACGUGAGACUCCUGGGGAGGUCGCUUCCACUGAACCUCUUCCAGCAGAUUCCCCCAUUCCCGAGACUGGAGGCAUGGAGCAAGCUACGCAGGGCCAGUCACCUGAGGACAGUCUUCGCAUCAGCGAGAUCCUUGCCCAGGCCCAGGAGAUCGCCCCGGAGAACCCAGCAGUGGAUGAUCAGCCCGCCCCAACUCAGGGCCCUUAG